GGCGGCGGUCAGUUUGAUAAAGCAGCUGUUUAGUGAAUUGAUUACAGAAUUUCUUUUUUAGUUAAAGAGUCAAAAACACUUUUCAAUCUAAUUGUUGACCGUACGAAGUGUACUUGUAAAUUAGUGUUUUUCCACUACGAAUUAGCCAUAAUUAACUUAAAAAUGUUUAGCAGUGUAAAAGAAACGUUUAGCAAGCUUGUGCAGGCGCCUUUUAUUGUUGUUAGGGCUGAAGAUGAACUAGUUGACCCCCAAAGGGUUUUGAGAGAAAAAUGUGAACAGGAAAAAGAAGCGCAAGUACGAUUUGCCAAGCUUGAAGAAUGUAAUAAACGUGUCCGUUCUAAGAAAUCUACGGCUGAAACUUGUGUCGAAGAAUUAUGGGAUUUCCUAGAGGUCGUUGAUAAAUGUAUUGCAAAAGAUUUAUUUGACCAUCUCAAAUGAAAUAUGUAUGCAGUUUAACAGCCAUUUAGUUUAGGUACUUUCAUGUGGUUUACCUUUCAGUAAACUAUUAAUUCUAUUA